UAGACAUUUUGGCUCAAGCCAGUUGUGAGUUGUGUUCAAGAGCAGCAUUUAAUUUUCGGUUGCAGCACGCGCGGGGCCCAGAUCAUGGCCAUGCCGAGCGACGUCUUCGCCACAGCGCCCACGAAGCAGGGUCUCGGGGACGUGGCGACAAGGGACACGUUCAUCGAGUUGUUCGAAGACAAGCGCCAGGGCUCACGCAGUCUUUCCUGGUCCAGCAGCGAGCCCUGCAGCGAGUCUUCUUCCAGCAACAGCGCGUUCUUCGACGCCGACCGCGUCAGCACUACUUGGGUAUCGACGCACGUGGGAGAGGCUUGGGCAUCGAACGGCCAGGAGGAGACCACGAGUUACAGCCUCGACAAGUGGCGUUUGUCCGCCGCCGCGGAGGCAAUCGACGAUGUCCCCGAGCAGCUGGGCCGAGUGGUGCAGAACAAGGCUAAGAGCCUUGCCGAGAGCGUGAAGACCGAGCUGGCCUUGGUGCAACAGGCCAUUCGCAGCAGGGGUGGGGGCGAGGAUGGCGUCGAUGCGGCCAUCGAUCAUCUGGGCAAAAUCCCAGAGAUCAUCAGGAGGUCGUUUCACUCGAAGGUCAUGGAGGCUAACGGCGAGAUGCGGCUGGCGAUGCAGCUGAAGCGGAGCGCCAUCGUGCAGAUGCUCAAGACCACUACCCCUGAUGGUCAAGAGCUGGUGAGGCGAUUGUGGACCAUUCCCGAGAAGCUGGAGCAGAUCGUUGCGCAGGCGGUUGGCCAGGCCGUGGAAGAGUCCCAGCUGGAGACUACCAGGCGUUGCGAGCGCGUGUUGAUGAGCCUGCCGCCGGACGCGGGUGUGUGUCGCCAUGCCUUGAUAGACGCCGAACUACGCAUCGUGGAGGCGGUGACCGAAAUGUACUCCGAGACGAUGCGGGCCCUGAGGCGCACGGCCAAUGCGAACGUGAGGCUCGCCGUGACCUACGUGCAAGACCCAUGAAGACCCCCGCCGUAUCCCAGUCCGUGGCUAUGCCCCGCGGCCCGUUCGGCUCAGAAGAGCCGCAGCCGUGGAGUCGCCGGCCGCGCCCGCGCAGCCAGGUCGGUCGAGAGAUCCGCUGGACAAGGCAAUUCAUGAUGUGUUGACUCCCGCGCCGCCACUUGACUGCGCAAUUUACGAGGCACGUGCGUUCAUUUGUUGGCGCGCUGGCCUUUCAGAGCCCUCAUCGUCAAUGCGGGAGAGGCAUGGGGGCAUGCGGUCCGCUGCUGCGCCCGAAUACCUAGAGUUGUGGAGCGAGAGGUCUCUGCCAUGCCAUGGUAGAUGUCUCCGAUCGAUUCUUUUUGCGGUGGAGGGUUCCGCUGCCCAUCUUUGCGUUCCGAGCCUAACAGACACAGACGUUAGUUUGCCUCCUCGCUCUGUACGGCAUGAUGGUUCUGGCUUCUGUAGGCCAGGCCGAAGGGAGUCGCCAAGCCUUCCCACAUCAGGAUCAUUUGAUGUGUCACCACGUGUUUUUUCGCUCCAGGGGAUCGCAGGUACCCCAGACGCAUGACGUUCGGAUGGAACACACGCAGCGCCCGCUGCCAGUGAUCCAAUUGUUCCUUUUGUGGCCGUUGCGUGGCUUCGACGUGGCGCCCUGUUCGCUUCAGGUACUGCGUCUUCGCUCCUCGUCGUAUCGCUGUCCAGUGCCACCAGUGGUUUUACGCUUCUGGUGGUUGUGGCCUUUUACGAGGUGCGUCAGGGCAGUUGGAUGUGGAACAGCGCGGCAUCUACAGCGCGUGAGGACUCCAAGCAGUGGGUUCUCACAAGUUAUGUGUGCACUCGAUGUGGCGCCAUCUAGAGCUAGCGGAUACACUCUUUUGCGGUGCAAUUCAGAUGUCAAUGUUGAAGCCGUCACCUCCAAUUCUCGUGCAAACAACCCACCCGCCACCCCCCCUCCCCGCAACUUGCUGUCAAAACUGUAUCCGGGGGAGCGGCAGCAGUGGGGGGGCGGGCUCUGAAGAGAGGAGGAGUUGCCUGGGGAGUACGGGCCCACUUCGAGCGCACACGAGCAAGUGCAAGCCGAGCGCUCAGGGCGGCGGCGCAAGGCACGAUUUGGGGAGUACAGUGUCCCCACAGUGCUCUGGACGGCGCUUUCCAUGCCCAGCGAAAGCCACACACUAGCACAUUGGCAGGCUUGCAGGUGAGUUCCGCUUGCGCACAGCUCAGCAUGCUGAUAUUCAGAAGCUGGUGGCUCUUUCUCCUCCCUCCUGUUCCUUCCUUCCUCCCCCUUCUGCCUCCUCCCCGUCUUUCCCCUGCCUUCACAUUUGAGUGCUCAGCAGCGGAGGUCUAUCAGCGCGUCAAUCGGUGUGCCCCUCGCGCCAAGGCGUGUCAGGCUGGCAGGCUGAGUUGUGGGUGACGUCCGCCUGCAAAUAGCCCAACAAUCUUUAUUCAUAUUCAGGACGUGUUUCUCCUCCCCCCCGACACACACCUCACAGUGAUUUUCUUGGGCACGGUAUGCUUUCGGCAUGGCGUGCGAAGCAGCUGGCAGCAAAGACGCCCUACGCCAGAUAUGGCAGCAAGGCGGGCUGGCAUGGCGCAUCCGCGCAACACGCUUCAGCAAUCUUUAUUCAUAUUCAUGACGUGUUUCUCCUCCCCCCACACUCCUCACAGUGGAUGUUCUUGGACACGUUGUGCUUUCGGCAUGGCGUGCGAAGCAGCUGGCAGCAAAGACGCCCUACGCCAGACAUGGCAGCAAGGCGGGCUGGCAUGGCGCAUCCGCGCAACACGCUUCAGCUUGCAGUCAUUAACGACUGCAGCUCCUCCUUCUCCUCCACCCCUCCUCUUCCUCCUCGUGGUGCCAUUGUAACAUACAGUGUCUGCUGCAUGGAGCGCCUUCCAGGAAGGCAACCACACCUUGCUGUACCGAUUCCUUCCAACCCACCUACGAAGUGGAUGGCGCGCUUGCGUGCUUGCUCUCCACUCCUCGCAUCCGUGUUCUCCUCGCUGUUGUGUCUGAUUGUCUAGCAUACCUAUCGCGCACGGGCGUGUCAGAUUGCCAAGCCGACUUGCAGUUGAAUUCCGCAGGAGCUAAUAUCCAGUCAGUAGUUGGCGGCUCUUUCUUGCCCCGGCUUCUCACUUUCCCACAGCGGCCGCAUCGCGUGCAACAA